UUAAUUGAUGAAGGUGUCUCCGGACGAGCACACUACACUUUGUCAUUUGAUUUGGAGCAAAAACGGCGGCGGGAAGAGCGGCCCUUCGGCUCCGCUGGCCUCGCAGUCGCCCCCUUUCCGCCACAUUCCUUUAUCCUGGCUGGGCGAGGGGGGGAAGCGCAGCCAGCCAAAGGGCACAGCAGAAUGCCUUGAGACCAAGCCAGCACCUGGCUGAGGAUUUUAUAGCUCUCUUUUCUCCUGCUCUGCAACCUCCCCCCCCCCCGCCCGCGCUUUGGAGGGUGGUGUAGAUUUUCGCCCCCUCCCUUCCUGCCGCUGCCAGCCGUCCUCGGGGGCUGGGGACCCCCGCCGGCCUGCCUUUUUAUGCUCCCCCUGGCCCAAUGCUGGGACUCAUUUAAGCCCCGCCAUGGGAGACUUGAAGUCGGGCUUCGAGGAGGUGGACGGCGUGCGGCUGGGCUACCUGGUGAUCCAGGGCAAGCAGAUGUUCGCCCUCUCGCAGGUCUUCACGGAUCUGCUGAAGAACAUCCCGCGCACGACGGUGCACAAGCGCAUGGACCACCUGAAGGUCCAGAAGCACCACUGCGACCUGGAGGAGCUGCGGAAGCUCAAAGCCAUCAACUCCAUCGCCUUCCACGCCGCCAAAUGCACGCUCAUCUCCCGCGAGGACGUGGAGGCGCUCUACACCUCGUGCAAGACCGAGCGGGUGCUGCGGGCCAAGCGGCGCGGCCCCGGGGCCGCCCCCGACCCCCCCGGGCCCGACCCCUACGCGGCCCUUUGGAAGGACGCCGGCAAACUUUGGCUGGGCUGGGACGGCGCCGUGGCGCCCAAGAGCAAAGCGUGGCGGGCGGCCGAGGCGGGCGCCUUCCUACCGGCCUCGGAUCUACCUCACUUUUGGAGGCCGGCCCCCGCGCAAGGCUCCCCGGGCCUGGGCCGGGCGGCCGGCAAAGGGGCACCAGACUAUGAAACCGGCCCGCUGGGGCCCCGCUACGUCUCCCUGGCCGCGGAACCGGCCUAUUUCCGGAGCCUGCUCUGCUCCCGGCAUCCGCACUGCUACUACCGCUCCUCCGCCGCCAUGACCUGCCAGUCCAAGCUCGCCGCCGCCGCCGGCCCCGCAGGUAGCCCGCUGGCUCUGGGCUGCCGGACCAAGCGGGAGAAGGGCGGCCCGGGCCGCUGCGGGAGGCGCCUGCUGCUCCUGCCCCGCGCCUGCAAGCUGAAAGGCGGCCCGGCGCCGCGGCUGCCCGGCCUGGGCGGCUUCCUGGCGCCGCCGCCGCCGCUGCUGCAUCACGCCUGCCCGGAGAGCUACAGCAGCGACUCGGACUCCAGCUCCUACUCGGACCUGGCCGCCAACGACUCCGACUUCUGCUCCAGCCUCUCCAGCACCAGCAACUCGGCUUCUUCCGAGGACGACGAGGACGAGGACGAGGAAGGCAGCUGCGCCUCGGAUUCCAGCGAGCUCAGCUCCGACGAGGACGACGACGAGGAGGACGAGGACGAAGAAGAAGAAGACGAGGAGGAGGAGGAGGAGGAGGAGGAGAGCAGCUCCGAGUCGGAUUCCAGCUCGGGCUCCAGCCAGGUCUCGGUGCAGAGCAUCCGCUUCAGGCGCACCAGCUUCUGCCCGCCGCCCAGCCUGGCGCCGGCCGCCCUCCUGUACCACCCGCGCUGGGCCGGCCGCGAGGAGCCGCCGCGGACCAUCAAAACCGAAGCCCCCGAGGACCAGCAGGAGGAGUGGACCCGCUGCUGGGCCCCCAAGGCCGAGCCCGGCGUGGGCUUUGAGGAGCUGGGGCCGGCCCGGGGGGGCUGCGAGGGACUGCUCUCGGCUGGCCGCCCCCCUUCCCCCCGACCGGACCCCGCCGCCUUCCCUUCGCCCAGCCCAAAGAGCAGCCAGGCUUUGCCCCAGCCCCGGUGCCCGCCAGAGGCCAGGAAAGGCCGGCCCGCCAGCCCCCCUCCGCUGCUUCCUCCCCCUCCGCUGCCUCCAGAGAUCCCUGCCGCCGCUCUGGGGGGCUUGCCCAGGGAGCCCCCCCAAACCCCCGACCCGCCGGACUGCCGAUGGUGCCCCUGCUCGGACUGCUCCUGCUCCCAAAGCCCGCCCGAGGUGGCGGCCUCGGCUGCUGCUGAAUGUCCCGGCCCCCCGGCGCCCGGCCCCCUCCUGCCUCUUGUGCCCAUUGCCCAGAUCAAAGUCGAGGACAGCAGUGCCAGCGCCGAGUACGGAGCCCCCCCGUCGGCCAGCCCCAGUCGGACCCCUCUCAAAUGGGAAGGCGGCCCGACGGAGCCCAAAGUCGAGGCGGACGGUGAGGCCUCGCCCCCGGCCAGCCCCGCGCCGCCACCCCGCGAGGACCUGCUUCUGCCCGCCAAGGAAGACCCCGGCUGCAGCGACGAGCCCCCCAGCCCUCGCUCGAGCCCCCCGCCGCCGCCCUCCACAAGCCAGAUCCUCGCUGCAUGCACUUUAGGCGCUGCUGCUGCUGUUGCUGCCAAACCCGAGGAUGGGGAAUACAAAUUCGGAGCCAGGGUGAGGAAAAACUACCGGACUUUGGUGCUGGGCAAGAGAGCCAUCCUCCCCAGCCCGGACCCGCUCAAACCAAAUCUGAAAACGGCCCGGAGCCCCCGGCCGCCCCCGGGGAAACUCCUGGACGCCCCCGAAGGAACACUGGAUGACUUGGCGGUUCUCAGCCGGCGCAAACGGGUGGCCAGCGCCGUCGCCUCGGCCGUGAAAAGGCCCUUUAACUUGAUGGGCAAUUUUCCCUGCCCGCCCUCCUUGGUGGUUGGCCUCGACGGGGAUUUGUUGCCAGCCUACACCUUGAACACGGCCAGGGAUGGCCAAGCACCUCCCAAGGCCCAUCCUGUCUGGAAAUGGCAGCUGGGCGGGGCAGCAAUACCUCUUCCACCCAGCCACAAAUUCAGGAAAUUUCAUUCAUGAGCCAGAUUGAAUGGGAACAUUACUUUAUUCUUGAUACCCACCCUUCCCAAUCCUGCCUUUCCAUAUGCUUUUGAGAAUCUGCCCUCGAGGGCUUCUCCCGCCAAGGUCUUAUUUUUCACAAGAUUUUUGUUUUGGAAUCCUCAUUUUUGGAAUCCUGAUUUGGAAUCCUAUUUUUAAGAAGACGAGAAAUUGGAUUACUAUUUUCUUUGCCAUGGAAGCAACUGGGGGGAGGGAAGGGAAGGUCUAACAUUCCACAGACUACUUCAGGUGAAAGACUCAAGUUUAUUAAAAAGAAAAAAAGAUUUUUUUUAAAAAAAAGAAACUCAGUGAAAUCUGCUAAAGCUGGAACACUUUACUGUCUCAAAAUGCUAAUAAUGCACCCGGUACCUCAAUUCAACUGCUGCGAAUAAAUGUUUGGAAAAGGUUGAAUGAUAACAAUUCGAAUGAGCCAUUAAUAUGUAUGCACUAGAUUUCAAACCUGGAAAUCUAAGCAUUCAGUUCAAGUUUGGUCAGUGAGGAGGUUUGCACAGUAAGGAUUCACUAUAAUUGGGGUGGGGAACAGUCUGCUUUGUUGUCAGGUCUAAGGUCUCUUCCUUUGCUCAAUUUCCCCCCUUUCCCACAAAACCAAUUCCACUCCCGCAUUUAUCGAAUAUUGGCAGCAGGAUGUGUCUUUCCAGCACUGGAAAAGUUGCCUCUUUGGCCUACUCAGUACAUUUUGGAAGUAUAUUUGAAGGUAGAAAGAAAGGUGUGAUCCAGAAAAGAAAAGAAACCCAGCAACAAACCACUCUAGCCUGAGAACCAGCCACCAUUUGGGAAGGAGAAGUCAUGGGUGUCAUAUAUUGGCUACAGUAGGUGCUCCAGCAUGUCUUGCAGCUCAGACCUGUGCACCUUCGCUUGGGAAGCCUCUCUGAAUCCCACUGGGGCCUGCUCCGAGUAAAUAUGCGUAGUGUCACUUCAGCCUCAAAAUCAGUGGGAUUGUCCUGGAAUUAGGAGUAGCUGUAGUUGUAUGGAAAUUUGUGGGAUUUCCACAAGAUCUGAUCCUUCCAGGGUGGAAAAGCUGGGGAAAAAUCUGACUUCUCUUGUCCCAUUGGUGGACAUCAGAAGAAACUGCAGGGUUUUAAAAACAACAACAACAACAACAACCAGCAGGAUAACUAUCAACAGAGAUCCCAGUAGAAAGAAUAUUCCCUAAGGAGAAUCCUAUACUCUCGGUGGCUAUUUUAGCACCCAAACUCAGGCGUUUAAACCCCAGGAGAUGUCACUGUUUUUCUCUUAUCUCUGGAAAUUUGAUCUCUCCCCCCCCCCCCCCCCCACAAUCUUUGUAGCAGGAACAUUUUUUUACUGCACGUGACAAUCAGAGGCAAUUGUCUAUAUUUGCACUUAAUCUCGACAUAGUUGAAACAGGCUGACUUCUAGAGUCUAGCCUUUGGUAAGACAUGCCGGUGUAAUAUGUUGUGAUAAUGGAAGCAGUAAAUCAAAAUGAUGAAAAUUUGCACUGUUGGAAAAAGCAUGCUUUAGCUUUAUUUUCAAUUAAAACACUGUUUUGAAAGAAAAAAA